GUAAAAGCCAUGUUUUGUUUGGAGAGAGGAAUUGAUUUUUUGCAGGUUCAAGAGAUGGGAUGAACUGACUUCAGAGCGCUAACUCCACCCAACGGAUAGUAUCUUUAGCGGGCGGAGCGGAGGGCUUGUGUAGUUACGGGAUAUCUGACAACUCCAGCACAAAACUUCACAAGGACAAAGUCCGUUCUGCGUGAGUACGUGGGAGGAACAAGCAAGGAACUCAUUCACGUGCGGGAUUUAUAAAGCAAGAAACGAUGCAAAGAUGGCGCUUAUAAUGGGGACUGGAACUUACAUGGUGCCAAAAAGUGGGUUUAUAGAAGUUUUAGUGCGCGAACAGUGGCAUAGAGUUUUUGUGAACCUGAACGAGGAAACUCUCACGUUGAGUUGUGAGGAGAGCGACAACUUGAACUCUAACGGCGUCAGUCAUGGGUCAUACCUGGACAACAAUAAUGCCAACUCCAACAAUGCACCCCAAAGCGUGCGCUCUGCUUUCACGGACCUUCCAGAGAGAGUGCCCGAAGCCAUCGCCAACAGGAAACGUAGUGUUAAGGUGACCAAGCAAGAGGUUGGGGGGCUGGGGAUCAGCAUCAAGGGCGGCAAAGAAAACAAGAUGCCUAUACUUAUUAGUAAGAUUUUCAAAGGUCUUGCUGCGGACCUGACUCAGGCUCUGUACGUGGGAGAUGCAAUCCUGUCUGUAAAUGGUGUGAACCUGAGGGAAGCUACGCACGACGAAGCUGUACAGACGCUCAAACGAGCCGGGAAAGAAGUUACAUUAGAAGUAAAAUACAUGCGUGAGGCCACCCCAUAUGUGAAGAAGGGCUCUCCAGUGUCAGAGAUCGGCUGGGAGACCCCCCCUCCAGAGUCGCCCCGCCUGAGUCCCAGCAGCCCCCCGUCGUCCCCAUCAGAGCCCCCCAGCCCCCCUCUGCUGUCCCCCCAUGGAGACCGCAGGUGCAUUCCACUGAAGAUGUGCUAUGUCACUAGAGCCAUGACAACACCUGACCCAGAAAACAGACAGCUGGAGCUGCACUCCCCUGACACCAGACACACUGUGGUUCUGCGCUGCCCGGACCAGCCAUCUGCCCUGUCCUGGUUCGCCGCCAUGCACUCUGUCACCAUGGCACUGGCCCAGCGCGCACUGGCAGAGGUCAUCCAGAACCACGGCAGGACCGGCAUCGCUGGCAGCAAGGAGAUCAGACACCUGGGCUGGCUGGCGGGGAAGACAGAGAGCGAGAAGCAGAGCUGGAAGCCGGUGCUGGUGGUCCUCACUGAAAAAGACCUGCUGUUAUUUGACAGUCUCCCAAGAGGCCGAGACGCUUGGCAGAGCCCCACACACACAUACCCUCUGUUAGCCACGCGCCUGGUGCAGUCUGGUCCUGACCUGGGCUCCCCUCACUCGGGCACAGAGCUGUACUUCGCCACUCGGACGGGCACACGGCUAGGAAUUGAGACACACCUGUUCAGAGCUGAGACCACCAAAGAUCUGUCUCUGUGGACCAGGCACAUCGUCAAUGGCUGCCACUCCUCUGCUGAGAUGAUCAAAGAAGUUUCCACCAGUUGUCUCUUCCAGGGGCAGGAGUGCAGGCUGGUCAUCCAUUAUGAAAAGGGCUUCUCUGUAGUGACGGAUCCAAAGCUUCUAGACCAUGACAAUGAUGAGAUUCAAUUGGCCCAAACUCCAGUCAAACCCCGAGUGCUACUGUCCCACCCAUUCGAGAGGCUCAAGAUGUCCUCCGACGAUGGGAUACGUAUGCUUUUCCUCGACUUCGGCAGCAAAGAAGGAGAGAUUCAGUUGGACCUUCACUCCUGCCCAAAGCCCAUUGUCUUCAUUCUCCAUUCCUUUCUCUCAGCCAAAAUCUCCCGUCUGGGUUUAGUGGCCUGACCCCUGAACAGUGCAGCUCAGCAACUCAGAUAAUUUAAGUCUGGAAGAUCAGACAAUGUACCCCAUCACUGGAUCAUAUUAUGGGCUUAAAGAGCACUGCAGAAAGAUAUCCAGGCUAGAUAUUAUGACUAAGUGUACUCCUGAAGGGCUGUGAAACAAUGUGGCUGAAGAAUCACAUGAGAAUACACAGACGUGUGGUAUGGAAGCAAAGAAGAUCUAAAGAUAUGGACUGGGCAUUACUGUUGGCAAUGUGUAGCACUGAGAUCAUAUGACUUACAAUGUAUACAUAAUUUAUUUAGUAUACUGCAAAAAUGAAAAUCUACCCUUAAAAUGAAUUCUGAAUAUUAAUCUGUAAUUGACUUAAAAGAUGUAAUUGGUUUUGUGACGUAGUCUAUAAUAUUAUCACUAGUUUCUCGAGAUUGCUGACAGGUUACAAGAUCAUUUGGUUUGAUGUCUUUUGCCAGUGGAAUAAGGAUAUUUUUCUUAUCCCACUGGUAAAUAACUUGGCUUGAAAUAAGAAGUACUUUAUAGAAACAAGUCAAAAACACACUCACAUUAAAAUUAAUAUUCUGAAUUCAACUCAUUUCAGCUGAUGUAGAUAUUCAUUUUUCAGUGUACAUCAAUCACUUCUGGUAUUAUCACACUACAUGACGGGUAUCUUAUGAGUGUUUAAUUGAUUAACCUGCAAAAGACAUGAGAAAAAAUGCAUUGGACUAUUGAGAGGUAAGUUAUAAUUUACAAUUUUAGACAGUGGUACUGAUUUAGCACUUAUUUACCAUGUUUAUUUUGAUAUUUAAUUACUUAAUUAUUAACUGAAAUGGAAAAUAUAGUCAGUGCAUGUAUUUCAAAAUGAGCAGGUUUUAGUUUCAAAGAUACUUAUCACCACAAUUAAUAUCAAAUGAACAGAGUGAUUUUAGCUUGUUUUAGUUUAUUUAUGAAUUGAUUUGUUCAUUUACAGCUUCAUCACUGUGAUUCACAUGUUUCCUUUAAGUAGAUACUAAGAAGAAUCCAGACUGAUAACCUCAAGUGAAGAAAAGUGUUGGCGUAAUGUCUGAUUGUGUAUGAUGCCUUUGGCAGCUACUGUACUGUCACUAAGAGAUGUAAAGCUUAUUUUUUAACUAAAUCUCUUCACAUAAAUCAUAGAAUUAAAAAGUGACGUGUGU